AUGGAAAUUUUCAAUGAAAUGUCAUCAUUAUUAUUGAGCAUUUGUAUGUUUGCUUUUACAGAUAAUCUUGAAGAUGUUGAUUUAAAAUAUGCAUUUAGCAAGACUUAUCUUGGAUUGUUCAUUUUCAACAUUUUAGCGAACUUGGUAAUUAUAACUUUAAGCACUGUAAAUAAUUUGAUUAAAUCCAUUAAGCUAUUUGCAAAAAAGAGGAGAUAAAGGUAGACUUCAAUUUAGAUGAAACCAGAGCUAAAAAUAGAACGAUCUAAUCUGACAGUUAUUUAAGAAGAAGACUUAGGUCCUAAUAUUGCUACUGAUAAUGGGAAUGAAGAUGAUAAAGAUAUGGUGGGUUUUAAUACAAGCAGAUAACUGAUUGAGCAAAGUAAUAAUAGUAUGACUAGACCUAACCUUAAUAAAAACCAAUCAAAUGAUAGUUACGGUUCUCACAAUGCCUCAAUCACUAACGCAAAUUUCAGAAUAUCAAUACAAAAUGUUGAUUCAAUUUCACCAAUAAUAAAUUAAAAGAUCUCUAGACCUCAUCUUGGUCCUACUAAGAAAAAUUUUUCAUCCUAAGACCUUGGAAUGGCUCAAAAAUUUAUAGCAAUUUAAAACCUUAAUAUGAGAAGACAAAGUGUAUAGAAUUUAAAUUUCCUUUCUCCAGCAUUAAUGGCAAACAAACAAAGAAAUAAUUUCGUCUUAAGUAAUUCUGGCUUGAAUGAAAGUUUAGAAUAAAGUAGUCACUAAAUAUCAAAUAAAUCUAAAUUCUUUAAAAGAAAUAAUGCUCAAACUAUUGAGGAUGAAGUUGAUUCCAACGAUGAUGACUAUGAUAACUAUGAAGAUAAUAUCCUUUAGUUAAGAAAGCAUUUCUGA